AUGUCGUAUUCGCUUGUUAUUGAUUUCCAGAAGUACUUCCAGAUCUAUAAAGAUGUCCGGGGACGAGUUUGUUCCAACAGAAUCCCCGAGCCAUUUUUGUUUGACAAGAGUGUUUCCAACUCUGCCAAUUUAUCUAAUCUUGCAUUAAGUCUAUUGACCAAUGAGGCUAUCGAGCCGUACAUUUGCUCGCUUCGACCACUGAUGGUUGAGCUUGCCUCGAGACUUGUUACCAACGACGAGAUCGAGAAAACAUAUUUGAAACUCGCACAGAAACCCGUCAAUGUGGCUGGAUCCGUGUCUUUGAGCAGUCUGACCAAAAUUGGAACUAGUUGUCCCGAGAUCCUCACGAUCAUCGAAUAUUAUCUUCAGAAGAAACAGUUCUGGACAAUGAUCCAUCCAGAAACCAUCGAUCAGCACGAAAUGCAUUGGAUUUUACUCUCCUUUUAUAGACUCGUCAGAACCAACUGUGAAAAAUUCAGUCGAUACAUUGACUCUGCAUUACUUUACACCAUCAUCAGUUCCGACCGCACCACUGGCGUGAACAAGUAUUUGGCCAUUCGGAUACUGGCCGUCUGUUUGUUUCUUUCGGAGAAAGUCGCUUUGGAAAUGGUCUCGAGAAUCCCCAAAGACCAGCUAUUUGGAGUCUACGAAUACACAGACAGCGUUGAUUACCAGUUCUUGGAUCUCUACGAAGCGAAAAGACUGGAAACUAUUCAAAAUUCUAUUCAUUUGAGUCCUGCUGCCUCAGAAAACAAAUAUACCAUUAAGUUCCAGCAGACAGACUUCUCUUUGGGAGCCACCAUUGUUGCUGAUGUUGUGAUUCCUAACAUUUCGAGUUUGGUUCAGGGAGUGAAGGCAAGUCCAUCUGGUACUGAUUUCGUGCCGAUUCAGAAAUCCACCGUUGCUUUGAACAAGCUGGCCCAGAGCAUUCAAAAAUCAGAGCCAGUUUUACUGGUUGGCCGUUCAGGAACGGGUAAAACGUUCCUUAUCAACGAGGUGGCCAAACAACUGCAGCUGGAUACCAUGGUGAAGAUCCAUCUUAAUCAGCAGACCGACUCCAAGCUGCUUCUGGGAACGUAUUCCUCGGGAGCCACUCCGGGAACGUUUGAGUGGAAAAACGGCGUGCUCACCACUGCUGUGAAAGAAGGCCGUUGGGUUCUGGUUGAGGACAUCGACAAGGCUCCGAACGAGGUUCUCUCCAUUUUGCUUAGUUUGCUCGAGAAAAGAGAGCUCACUAUUCCUUCCAGAGGAGAGGUCAUCAAGGCCGCUAAUGGAUUCCAAUUAAUUUCGUCUCUUCGAUUAGCCGGAGACUCGCGCAACCACACGCUUCCCCAGAUGAUUGGACAACGGCUCUGGAACGUUGUUGAGCUCGAGGAGCUGGAAACCAAGGAACUCAAGCUGAUUCUGUCCACCAAGUUCCCGUUGCUUGUCAACUUCACAUCCAUGUUCAUCAAAUGUUUCCAGAACGUUAAGGAACUUUACGACUCGCGCAAGUUUUUGACGAUGAACAGAGGAGCUCAGCCUAGAGCUCUUACUAUCAGAGACCUAAUGAAGCUAUGCAAGCGUUGCAACAAGAUUCUCACAGAUAAUAACGUCGCCAGCUCGCACGACAUGCUGACCGAAGAGGUAUUUGACCUGAUCUUCCAGGAGACAGUUGACUGUUUCACCAGUUCGAUCGUGGAAAGAGCUCCUAUUGAGGCCGUCGUGAAGGAGAUUGGUGUGUGUUUGGAAGUUCCUACUUCGCGUGCUACCGUUUACCUAAGCAAGCACAUUCCGUCGUUCCAGGAAUUUGAGGACUCUGUUUCUGUUGGAAGAGCACAUUUGACCAAGAAAGCUGUUGCUGGACUCAAACCUGUCAGAAAACAGACGUCCUUUGCAAAGACAAACCACUGUUUGCGUUUGAUGGAGAAGAUCGGUGUUGGUAUUUCUCUCUGUGAGCCAUUGCUCAUGGUUGGAGAAACAGGUACUGGUAAGACCACCAUUGUGCAAGAGGUUGCCAGACUGUUGAACAAGAAACUGACUGUGAUCAACGUGUCUCAGCAAACAGAGGUCGGUGAUCUGCUUGGUGGCUUCAAGCCGGUCACCACCAAAAGUCUGGCUAUUCCGUUGGAGGAGGACUUUGAAGAGCUUUUCAAACGGUCGUUCUCGGUAAAGAAAAACGAACAGUUCAUGAAACUUCUGGCCAAGAUGUUUAACAAGUCUCAGUGGAAAGGUGUGAUCCGUCUAUGGCGCGAGGCUUUCAAGAUGGCCGAGAAUCUGUUUGCCAAACAGGACGACGACUCUACAAAGAAACGGAAGCUGAACGAUACCGACAAGGCAGAGCUCAUGGCCGAAUGGCGCCGUUUGUACGCGCGGAUCCAGGAGUUUGAGAAACAGGGCAGCUCCGCGGAGAAGUCUUUGGUUUUCAAGUUCGUGGAAGGAUCGCUUGUGCAUGCUGUGCGGAACGGUGACUGGGUUUUGCUGGAUGAAAUGAACCUGGCAGCUCCAGAGACUUUGGACAGCGUUUCGGAGCUCUUGAACGAGGAAGGAGCACAGAGAAACCUGCUGCUUUCUGAAAAGGGUGACGUCGAGAGUAUCAAGGCCCAUCCUGAUUUCAGAAUCUUUGGAUGUAUGAAUCCGGCUACCGAUGUUGGUAAGAAAGAUCUUCCCGAAGGAAUUCGGUCAAGAUUCACGGAAAUAUAUGUCCAUUCGCCAGACCAGGACAUCGCCGAUCUUUUAAUGAUUAUCGACAGUUACAUUGGAAGAUACUCGUUAUCUGACGAAUGGGUUGGGAACGACGUGGCAGAACUGUAUCUAUCUGCCAAAAGACUCGCCGAUGCAAACGAACUCGCCGACGGUAGCAACCAAAAACCCCAUUUCAGUGUCAGAACACUGACGCGUACUCUUCAGUACGUGCGUGACAUUCUUCCGAUCUACGGCCUCAGACGCUCGCUGUACGAAGGAUUCUGCAUGUCUUUCCUGACUCUGCUGGACGCCAGCUCCGAAACCAAACUCAGACCGCUCAUUGAAAAAUACACAAUCCAACGACUAAAGAACGCCAAGUCUGUCAUUUCGCAGAUCCCAUCGAACCCGUCUUCUGAGGCUCAACAGUACGUCCAGUUCAGACACUACUGGAUGCGUAGUGGUCCUCUGGAGCCAGAAGAACAGCCCCAUUACAUCAUGACUCCGUUUGUCGAGAAGAAUUUGAUGAAUCUGGUUCGUGCAUCCAGUGGCCGGUUCCCUGUUCUGAUCCAAGGUCCAACGUCGUCUGGUAAAACGUCGAUGAUCAACUAUCUUGCCAAGAUCACCGGUCACACGUUUGUGAGAAUCAACAACCACGAACACACAGACUUACAGGAGUAUUUGGGAACGUAUGUUUCCGACGACACUGGUAAAUUGGUGUUCCGAGAGGGUGUUUUGGUGGACGCUUUGCGCAAAGGUCACUGGAUCGUUCUUGACGAGUUGAACUUGGCACCAACAGACGUUUUAGAGGCAUUGAACAGACUUUUGGACGACAACAGAGAGCUAUUCAUUCCAGAGACUCAAGAAGUCGUGACCCCUCAUCCGGACUUUAUGCUUUUUGCAACCCAGAACCCGCCAGGACUUUAUGGAGGCAGAAAGAUCCUGUCCAAGGCUUUCAGAAACAGAUUCCUGGAGCUGCAUUUCGACGAUAUUCCUCAAGACGAGCUCGAGAUCAUUUUGCGUGAACGGUGUCAAAUAGCUCCGUCGUACGCCCAGAAGAUUGUUGAGGUCUACAAAGAGCUGACUGUCCAGAGACAGAGCACGCGUCUUUUUGAAAAGAAAGACUCGUUUGCUACUCUUCGUGAUCUUUUCCGUUGGGCGUUGCGUGAAGCCGUUGGAUACGAGCAACUGGCCGCUAACGGGUACAUGUUGCUUGCCGAGCGGGUGAGACGUCCCGAGGAAAAGGUGGUGGUGAAACAGGCAUUGGAGAAGGUGAUGCGCGUGAAACUGGAUAUCGAUACCUACUACCAGCAGCUGGAGAUUCCUGAAUUGCUGCAACUUCCAAGCUCCAUCGUCUGGACCAAGGCCAUGCGUCGUUUGGCAGUUUUAGUGGCUACUUCCAUCAAGUACAAGGAGCCUUUGCUUUUGGUUGGAGAGACUGGUUGCGGAAAGACCACCGUUUGUCAGCUGAUUGCUCAGUUCUACGGAAAACAGCUGGUUACCGUUAAUGCUCACCAAAAUACAGAAACAGGAGACCUACUUGGAUCUCAGAGACCGGUCAGAAACAGACAGAAGCUGAAGGACAACUUGGAGGCUGGUCUGAAACAGGUUUUGACCAAUCACAACGUCCCGGUGUCUACGGUGACUGCCAUGAUGGAGGAGUACGAGAGUUUGAAGAAACAGGGAGUUUUGGAGGAAUCUGAGAAACAGCUGGUUGAACAGCUUAUUUCUGCUUCCAAAGUCCUGUUUGAGUGGUUUGACGGUCCAUUAGUCUGUUCCAUGAAAGACGGCAGUUUCUUUCUGCUCGACGAAAUAUCGCUGGCCGACGACUCUGUGUUGGAGCGUCUCAAUUCCGUUUUGGAGCCGGAGCGGAGUUUGUUGCUUGCAGAGAAGGGAAGUGAGGACGCUGCAGUGACUGCUGCGGACAGUUUCCAGUUCUUUGCAACCAUGAACCCCGGCGGCGACUACGGUAAGAAGGAGCUGUCUCCAGCGUUGAGAAACAGAUUCACCGAGAUCUGGGUUCCUUCGAUGGAGGACUUCGACGAUGUUCGUCAAAUUGUCGAGUCUCAGCUUAACCAAAAGGCACACGGUCUUAUUGACAGCGUUGUUCAGUUUUCGCAGUGGUACGGCCACAAGCUCGGCGAUGGGUCUGCCUCGAGUGGAGUGAUCUCUCUGCGUGACAUUCUCGCCUGGGUCUCGUUCAUCAACAACGCUGUCGAGAACGGAAUUCGUCCCCAUAUGGCUCUUUUGCACGGAGCUUGCAUGGUUUUCAUUGACGCUCUGGGAACCAACAACACAGCGUUCUUGGCCGACAACGAAGAGCGCCUGCGACAGUUCAAGCUGGAAUUUGUGGACAAGCUUGCCGAGAUCUCCAAAACCGACUUGCGGACACCAUACUUGGCAACAUACCAAGUCCAAGUGUCUGAUACGUAUCUUCAAUGCGGUGACUUCAAAAUCGAUAGAGUCCAUCCAGACAACAAAACGUCGUUCAACUUGGACGCUCCAACGACUGCUCUGAACGCCAUGCGUGUGAUCCGUGCCUUGCAAGUUCACAAGCCUAUUUUGCUGGAAGGAAGUCCUGGUGUUGGAAAAACAAGUUUGGUGUCUGCUCUUGCGGCAGCUGUUGGUAAAGACCUCACCAGAAUCAAUCUCUCUGAGCAAACGGACUUGAUUGACCUGUUUGGAUCGGACUCGCCAGUGGAGGAAGGAGAAACAGGAGAGUUUAGAUGGAGAGACGCUCCGUUCCUGCGUGCUAUGAAGCGGGGAGAAUGGGUCCUAUUGGACGAAAUGAACCUGGCUUCGCAGUCCGUCUUGGAAGGACUCAACGCCUGUUUGGACCACCGUGGUGAAGCGUACAUUCCUGAACUGGACAGAAGCUUCCGCGGCCAUCCUGACUUUUUGGUUUUUGCAGCUCAAAACCCGCAACACCAGGGUGGUGGCAGAAAAGGAUUACCGAAAUCGUUUGUGAACCGGUUUACCGUCGUUUACGUCGAUAUGUUGACGGAAACAGAUUUGAAGAUGAUCGCCAACCACCUGUAUCCUGCUCUGGAGAAAGACGUUUCUGACAAGUUGAUCGACUUUGUCUCUGAGCUAGAGAAGGAGGUUGUGAUUCACCGCCAAUGGGGUGCGACUGGUGGACCUUGGGAGUUCAACUUGAGAGACACGCUUCGUUGGCUGUCUUUGUUAAACAGCCCUAGUCUUCUGGACUCACCUUGUGCUGGUGAUUUCUUUGAGAUGAUUGUUCAACAACGGUUCCGUACUCCAAACGACAGACUUCGUGCUCAACAGCUUUACGAACAGAUCUUUGGUGCAAGAAAGCCAUCUGCUCCAUACUACCAGCUGAAUGUUGAUUACGUUCAGUGUCAAGCGGAAGUUGUUCCCAGGAACUUUCUGAUUCAGCACAUUGUUGAUGACAAGCUGAGCUCGUUGCAAUGUAACUACUCUGUCUUGGAAACUCUUCUUCGUUGUGUCAAAAAACAAUGGCCAUUAAUUCUUGUUGGACCUUCCAAUUCGGGGAAAACAGAGCUGAUCAGAUUCGCUUCGGGAAUUCUGGGUACCAAGCUGUACGAGUUCUCCAUGAACAGCGAUAUUGACAGUAUGGACAUUCUUGGUGGAUACGAACAGGACGAUUUGUCCAGAGAAAUUUCUGAGUUUGCCAAAGAUCUAAAAGAAUUGCUCAUGGAACUGGCAGCGUACAAUCUGCUCACCAACAGUGGAGAUAGCUCUGUUUUGAAGCACACUUUGAGAUUUAUUGACUUCCUAUCCAAUGCCGAGUUCUCAAAACAGCAGUUUGGUCAGUUGGAAUCGUUCUUUGAUGUUCUGCAACAAUCAAUGUCCAACGACAAGUUCGACCAGCUCAAAGAACAGUACUCCGUUUUGGCUCACAAACUGAACCAAGGAGACAAGAUCAAGUUCCGCUGGUUCGACAGUCUUCUGGUCCAGGCAGUGGAGAAGGGAUACUGGCUUGUUCUGGACAACGCCAACCUCUGUAGUCCAAGUGUUCUGGAUAGAUUGAAUUCUCUUCUGGAGAUGGACGGUUCGCUGAUCAUCAACGAAUGCACAGACGCUGACGGAAAUCCAAGACACCUGAAGCCUCAUCCGAACUUUAGACUGUUCCUCACUGCUGAUCCAGCAUAUGGAGAGCUUUCUAGAGCCAUGAGAAACAGAGGUAUCGAGAUCUUCAUGAACCCUAUCGAAUCACGUGCUUCUGACUUUGACCGCCUAGUUCUGCAGAAAAACAGCACAUCAAGCUUUGUUGGCUCGUUCAACUCGUCUUUCGCCCCAUUGGCCGUGCUGUUAGAUGCACUGAAAGCUCCAAAUGGACAAACUCCAGACAUACUUUCUAACGUGCUCCCAAUACGGUCCGGUCACGUGAUCAAGGAUUUGGUGCCAAACGUGUACAAGGUGUCUGGAUUUGAGUCCGUUGUUUCCCCGUUGGAGGCGAUUGCCGGACGAAUUGAGUUCUACGAGAGCUUAGGGCUUCCUAGAAAGCUUGAGCAGGCGUACAACAGGGCACAGAAGGGAGCCGAGGUGGCUGUUUUGGCCAAAUCGCAGGCUCUGCAACCGUUGAUCAACACAUACAUUCUUGGGAAGCUCUCGGAGGAGUACGCUCCUACCGAAGAGGCCCAUUACCUGUUCCAUGUUUUGGGAAUGGUUUACGAGGCACAAAGGUAUCUGACGAAGCUGGAAAAACGCGUUGAGAGUGCCAAAGUGACAGAGUUGACGUAUUUGGAGAAAUCUGCUGCGCAUGCAAGCGGCAGAGCUUUGAAGAGCGUUCCUAAACUGAAUCUCUACGGUUUGGUCACCAAGAUCGUUGACUUUGUCAAGAACGAGGUCAGCUCGAUGGAUGAGCUGUGGCAGAUUUCUGGCAAGUACAAGUCGCUGUUCAAGUUGAUGUUCAUCUGGCAAAACAUUAUUGAGUGUUCCAAAGUUCAGCACGAGACGAAGCUCAGAAUCUACCAGGACAAAAUCCUGGACUGGCUCGACGACUACAGCGGCGAAGGUUCUGGUCUACGCCAGGUUGUUGACUCGUUCUCGAAACAGUUGCAGUUGACCCAGGGCUACUCUAUGACUCUCAUCUGGGAGAAGAGCAAGGAUCUGUAUCCGAGCACUCCAGAAGGAUGGAGCAACUACCACCAGCUGAUGGAUGUUGCAGUGGAGUUUGACGAGAUCUGCAUGGAGCAGUACUCAGAGAACUUUGAGAUGGUGACCAGUCUCAGACAGGUGUUUGUUGCACUGUUUGAGGACUGUGUGAACGGUGGCUUAAUUGAACAUCUGGAAGAGUUGAAGCAGAAAAUUACAGCGCUGAGAGAUAUUUCGGGAACUUUCCUCAACCAACGCAAACACCCAUACACUCACAUCUUUGAUCUGGUGCUCAACUUUGCUGAUCUGCUGAGCUGCUCGUUGGGAGCAGGAUUGGAGAAAUCAAGGGAGAAUUACAGGUUUGCUCUUCUGGCAGCUAGAUCAACUAGCUCCCUUACUAAAUGGAGUCAGGACCGGUUCAAGCCUUAUCCAAGAAUCUUCGACCAACUGUGGACAUCUAAAGGCGAACCGAAGGUGGUUGACUUGUUGAACCAGACUUUGGUGGAAGAUCUUGUUGCUGCUGGUUCUGGAAUGAAACAGCUUUCUGGAUCGAGCAUUGACGAGGCACUUGUUGAUGCCAGGUUCAUGCUCCAAAUGGCUAUCAAGAACAGCGCAGCUUUCAGCUCUCCUCUGGAGAACAUACAGUCGUUGCUGGUGCAGUGGAUUCUGUACAUCUGUGGAUUCCAUACUGGAGAGUCGCUGGAGUUCCUUAAUCUCCAGCAAAAUAUCACCAGCGAAACUGUUUCCAGCUACCAAAAAUCUCUGGAUCAGCUACCAAACUUCCAGCAAGUGUUCAGUGUGUUUUUCGUUCCUGCCUUGCUCUCGACACCAUCGAGAAAGUCUGUGGGCAGCUCGUGGGUGCUGUUUGCGUGCGGGAUGAUCAUGCUGUUUGUUCCAAACCACGCGUACGACCCAGCCAUCGUGGACCAUGUGGCCUACGACGACUACGCCAAGCUCGAGUCGCUGAUUGGCGAGAUCAAAGACGCGUGGGUGUCGUUUAGACGUGUUCAGUUCGGUGACCAGGAAACGUACGCGGAGUCUGUGCUUCCACAAGUGGAAGAGACAGCUCCAAGUGCUCCAAAGGUGUUCCGUUCAGGAGAACCAAUUGACACCCUGUUUGAGGAGUGGACUAUUUUCCUCGACUCGACGAUGAAAGCAAAGACCGAGGGAUUGAUUGGAGUGGCCGAGACUAUCAUGGCAAAGAGCUCGCUGGAGGUAGAGAAUCUCCACCGGAACUCGACGCAGCUGUUUUUGCGUCUGAAACAAAACUUCGCUGAGUUUUCCGAUCUCAACGACGUUCUUGGCGGGUUCAUCUACUCACUUAGACUUGGUCUGGACUUGCUGGACGAGAACCGUACAUGCGAGUCAAAAUUAUGGAGUGUUGAUCCGUCAGUUCUUGGAAACGCCGACAAGACCAAAGAAAUAUACUCCGGUCUGGAGAAGACAAUUAAAAAACAAUCUAUUGACCAUGAGGAUGUUGAGAAACUUGCUAUUUUCAACAUGAAGGUCUUGAAAUUCCAAAAGGCUUACGCAGACACAGAGGAGAUGUUCCAGAAGUCGCUAAUGACGGUCUACUACAGAUGGACUGCCAGAAGGCUUAAACAGGACGAGCAGGAGUCUUUGCAACAAGGUGUGUUCCAAUUCUCCGACCCUACAUUGGAUGCUGAGAAGGAAUUCCAACAGCUUUUCCCUGAUGCCGAUAUAGAACUUACCGGUGACGGAUCCAACAUCAACUGGGAUCAUAUCUACUCCCAGAUUGCUUCCUCCUACUGCAACUACUUCCUCGGAGAAGCACAGAGUCUGGAAACAGUUGUUUUGGACGGAACAGACGUUCUUGACAGUGUUGAUAAACUGGUCAAGCACCCUAGCGGAGCACAAAACACAGAAUCGCUGCUUUCGAGUACAAUCUACCAGAUUGUCACGUCGAUGAACAAGUUCUCGUCGAACCAGGGCCAGACCAUCGACUUCUACCGCGACUACAGUCCGUACGAAACACGCAGAUCGGGCAAGAUCGUGCUGGCUCUGCAAGGUCACGUGAACGAGCUGCUGAAGCAGUGGCCCGAGCACGCUACUUUGCAGCAACUUUUCCGGAUUUGUCAGGAGUACGUCGACUUCCGCGUGGACACUCCGGUUUACCGGCUGUUGGCCAAGAUCGAGCAGAUCUACACGUUUGUCAGCGAAUGGGAGAAGUAUGCACAUUCGGGUGUUUCCUUGCAGAGACACGGCCAGAGUCUUGCUGACCUGAUUGUUUCCUGGAGAAGACUCGAGUUGAAUUCCUGGAAGGAGGUCUUGGCGAACGAGGAGAAGGCCGUUGAACAGGCCGUCGGAAAAUGGUGGUUCCAUCUGUUUGAGAGCAUUGUUGUUUCGGAAGAGCAGGACGUGCUCAAAUUGGUUGCAGCUGUGAAUGUGUUUAUUUCCAGAGGAACUAAGGGUGACUUGAAGCACCGGUUUAGACUCGUUCGUGCGUUCAGCGAACAGGUCAAACACGAUAAGACGAUCUACAGUGCUCUGAUGAACAUUCUGGACUUUUUCCAGCCGUUCCUAACCAUUGUUGAGCAAGCUGUUUCGAACGAGAAAAAGACUUUGGAGAAACAGGUGAAGGAAGUCAUUCUUCUUGCCAGCUGGAAAGACGUCAACAUCGACGCUUUGAAACAGAGUUCGCGCAAAUCGCAUCAGAGCUUGUACAAGCUUGUGAGAAAGUACAGAGACCUUUUGAACAGCACCAUCACCGAGAUGGUCGAGUCGGGACUCGGAUCGACUCCCGUGGUGAUUAACCAAAAGACCAUCGGUAUGGUUCCUGUUUCGCUUGGAGAACUUGGCUCGUCUGAGGUUUCUCUUUUCAACAACAUCAAAACGAUCCACCAUAACAUGCAGGUUUAUCUCGGGGACCUUUCUUCUGAAUCUUUUGGAGGCUUCUACGAGUACUGCGAAGAAAUUGUUGCUGCUGCUAGGAAACUCCGCGAAGAAACACCAAAGACAUUGACCGACGAGAAUAAGAAACUGGUUGCAAGUCUGAAACAGGAGAAACGUAAACUGCUCAGUGACACGUUGAAGGAGCUGCGUCGCAGUGGUAUCAAGUUACAAACAACCACAAAGACCCAGGCUCUGCUUGCGUCGACAACGACUAUUCUUGCUAACUCCAACACUUUGAGAAACGGACCCUUGGAAGGAGCAGACGUGUACUUUUUCCGGGUUCUUGAGCUGCUUCCAAGACUGCGUGCUGCCGUGAGCAACUGUCAUGCGGAGGUUCCUAUUACCGAUAUCCAAAGGGCACUGGCUGCUGUCGAGAACGUGCUUGUUUCUCUGAUAACCACGCGUCACAAGAUUGCCGAUGUUUCGGUGCUACAUGUGACGGUCGAAAAUGUUUUGAAGAGCUUCAAGGUUGCAAAUUCGGGCAAACCUGUUGCUAUUGACCCGCAAACACACGAAAUUGUCCAUGUUGUCCAGAAGCUGCCAGAAAUCGUUUCAUUCUCUGGUAAAGUGACUGAAAUCAUCUCUGAGCUUGGAAUCAGUGCUACUUUGAAGCUGGAGACGCCAAGACUUGAUAUUGACACCAAGUUGUUCACCGAAACUGAACAGAGCAUGGUAGCUGAUGCCAGAAAUGGCCUGGACAAGAUGAAGACCCAGUUGUACCGUUGGAAGGCCGACAACCCGACCGUCAAGUUUGUUGCUGAAACUGUCCUGGACUGGCUGGAUGUGCCUGUUUCCAUUAAUACUCUUUCCUUGUCCAAGUCUGACGACGAUGUUGAGGAGGUUGGAAGCAAACUAUUUGGCUCUAUUUUGGUUUCUAUCCAGAAACUUCGCCAGUUGCAAACCACUCCGUUAGAGGCUGACGAGGACAACUGGUUGGUGGAUAGUCAGCGUCGUUUGGUGAAGUACAUCGAUCUUCUUUAUGGAGAGGUGAUGCAAGAACGCAUUGUUGGGUUCCUGAAUCUGCUGGAAAAUAUCCAAUACGAUGAGGAGACCAGCGCCGAGGUGAAAUCUGUUCUUGGGUACGUUGUUCCGCUGUUGGAACACUAUCUGAACGCCGUGAGCAUCAUUGUUUCCAAGAUCCAGGACAACUAUGUUGGAACGUCCAAGGGACUCUACGAGCUGUGCACGCUGCUUUUGACUGUUGCCACCGACGGAUUCUGUUCUCCAGAAGGGUCUCAGGAAGAAGAGUCUGGCCAGGACCAGAACGGAACGGGACUUGGAGACGGAGAAGGAGCCACAAAUAAUUCUAAGGACGUUGAAGAAGACGAGAAUUUGGAAGACUACGUUGGGGGCGAGCAGGACGGUGAGAAGGAACAGCGGGAGGACGAGAACGAUGAUGCGGUGGAUGUUGAAGGAGAUAUGAAAGGUGACCUUGAAGAGAUGGAAGGCAAGGACGAGGAAGGAGAAGACGGCGACGAAGAAGAGGCCGACGAGGAAGUUGGCGACGUGGACGAUUUGGAUCCAAACGCUGUUGACGAGAAGAUGUGGGACGAAGAGGCCACCAGCGAGAAGGAGAAGGAGAAGGACGACCUCAAAGGAAAACAGGGCGAGGACAUGGAAGCUGUUGAUGAAGAUGAGAAAGAAGGUGAUGGAGAUCAGGGAGAGCAGGAGAAGACCGAGGAAGGAGACGAAGGAGAGGAGGAGGAUGUUGCAGAGCAGGAAGAUGAGGUCCGCAAUGAUGGUGAGGACGGAAUGGAGAUGGACGCCGAGCAGGGCGAAGCUUUGGAGCUCGAAGACGACAUUAAUCUUGAUGGAGACGAAGAAGGAGACGAAGAGGAAGAAGAAGAAGGUGACAUGGACAUUGACAUGGAGGAGGAGUCUGAGAUGAAGGACGAGCAGGAGGAUGCUGGAGAGGAUGCUGAGGCCGACCAGGAGAACGUUGACGGUCAAGAGGCUUCGGAAGAGGAGGCCGAGGACGGCGAAGAAAACAACGACGCCGAGCCUGGUCAGGACGACGGAUUGGACGAGGAGAUGGAAGCCGGCGAGGAGCAGGUCAAUGACGAGGGAGAGAAUGAGAAUCCAUCUGAAUCUGAAGAACUGGCCGGCGAGAACGCCAAGGAGAACGAGGAGCAAGAAGACAUGGACGGUGCGGAAGGAGGAGCUGAAAACGCUCCGGACACGAUGAUGAACGCCGAUUCUGCUGCUUCUGCCAACGAGGGUGCACAGGCCGAAGGCGCCAGUGCUGCCGCAGACAACGAGCAAGAUAGCGUGGGAGCCAGUGGAGCAGCCCAGGCACAAGAGGCAGCCGAACAAACUGACUCGUCGCGUGAAAACGCAUCAAACACUCUGAAACAGAUGGGUGACGCUCUCAAGGAGUUCUACAAGCGGCACCAGGACAUUCUGGAGACCGAUGUGGAGGCUGCGGAACAGAAGGGCGAGAACCCUGACGAAUUCCAGCAUCUGGACGGUGACAACGCCGACACAGACACGCAGGCCGUGGGAGCUGCUUCCGAGGACCAGGCCAUGAAGCUCGACGACGACAUGGAGAUCGAUGAGGCCGAGAUUCCACAGGAACACAACCAGGAUGAGUCUGUGAAGCAGGAAGGUGCGGCCGACGGAGGCGAGGCCGGCGAGCUGGAAGAAACCGACGAACCAGCCGACGAAAAAGAGCUGGGCGGCCGCGUCAAGCGCGAGCACGACGGCAUUCCGCAGCUCGACGACCUCGACUCCGACGAGGAAAUGGACUCUGACGCCCAGUCGCAGCCAGAAACCGCGACCGCACUGUCGUCCCUGCGUUCCUGGGACGAGGCACGUGACCUGUGGCAGCACGCGGACGAAGCUACACGGGAGUUCACUGCCGGGCUUUGCGAGCAGCUGCGGCUGAUCCUGGAGCCCACCGUGGCCACCAAGCUGCGUGGAGACUACAAGACCGGAAAACGGCUCAACAUGAAGAAGAUCAUCCCGUACAUCGCGUCGCAGUUCCGCAAGGACAAGAUCUGGAUGCGCAGAACAAAGCCUAACAAGAGACAGUACCAGAUCAUGAUUUCUGUGGACGACUCAAAGUCGAUGGCCGAGUCCAAGGCAGUCGAGAUCGCGUUCCAGUCGAUCGCGCUGGUUUCUAAGGCCCUGACCCAAUUGGAGUCUGGCCAGCUGUCUGUGGUGAAGUUUGGAGAGACUACCAAUGUGGUGCAUCCAUUCGAGUCGCAGUUCAGCGCCGAGGCCGGAGCGAAAGUGUUCCGCAACUUCACGUUCGAGCAAACACGCACAGAUGUGCGGAAACUCGUGGAAACGUCGCUCGACCUGUUUGCAGCUACCAAACCGGCAUCAGAGAACCUGUGGCAGCUGGAGAUCGUGCUUUCCGACGGAGUCUGCGAGGACCACGACACCAUUCGCCGUCUGGUGCGUCGCGCACGCGAAAACCAUAUCAUGCUGGUGUUUGUGGUGAUCGAUGGAAUCGCCAACACCGAAAGCAUCCUGCAAAUGAGCCAGGCCAAAUACGUGCCUGACGCGUCUGGAGAGCUCAAACUCCAGGUCGACAAGUACCUGGACACGUUCCCAUUCGAGUACUACGUUGUUGUGAGCGAGAUCGAGGAGCUUCCAGAAAUGCUUGCCUCCAUUUUGCGCCAGUUCUUUGCCGAGACUGGCGACCGCUAG